UCUCACGCAACGCAGUCCACAAAACAACGGUCUCCAAUAUAACAACCGGAAAUGGAAUUUGUUCCAUCACCGCUGGAAUUUGACGUAUCACCAGAUUUCGGAUUUCUUCCAGAGAGAGAACCUCUACAAUGCUUGCCAGAAUACUUCUCUCCUUGGGAAACAUUUGCCAGAAAUUUACCACAACUGGUGAAAGAGGGAGAAAGUUUUCGUCAGCAGAUUAAACAACUCCCUUUGUUGGACCAUAACAAACUUUCAACGGAAGAUGAGUGGAAGAGAGCUCAAUUAGUUCUUACCUGCAUAUCUCAUGCAUAUGUGUGGUGCAAAGGAGAGACGGGUGUUGCUAAGAGUCUUCCAAAGUCAUUGGCUGUUCCUUGGGUUUCAGUGGCUGAGCACCUAGGUAUUCCUCCUGUGAUAACACACUCAACCUUUCAACUUUACAAUUGGCGAUAUAUUGACUCCAAACGGCCUUUCAGUAUGGAUAACCUUGAGAUUUCAGUUAUGAUUACUGGAUCAAAGACAGAAGUAGGAUUUGUGUCAAUUCCUCUUCAGCUUGAGGCAGAUUUUGGAAAAGGAUGCUAUAGCAUUCCCAAUGGACAAAAGGCUGUUGUGAAUAAUGACAGAGAGGGGGUUUUGAAAGCCUUGAUAUCACUCAAAGAAACAAUAGUACAGCUUAAGAAAUCAUUUUUGCGUAUUUAUGAUGUUUGUGAUCCUGAGGAGUUUUACAAUGGUCUGAGAAUCUAUCUGUCUGGGUGGCUUAACAACCCAGCUUUACCAGAUGGCCUUAUCUAUGAAGGUGUUAAUGAGAUGCCUCUGCAAUAUUCUGGAGGGAGUGCUGCAGAGUCCUCGAUAUUUCAUACUCUCGACGCUGCAUUAGGUGUAUUACAUUCAAAAACAGAAUCAAGUUCAGGUGGUCAGUUCUUAGAAAAAAUGCGUUACUACAUGCCACCCAAACACCGUGCAUUUAUCGAGGCUGUAGCAAAUGGACCAUCAAUCAGAAACUAUGUCCUUGCAAGUGGAGACCCUGAUCUCAAUAGGGCAUAUGAUCUCUGUGUGGAGAAACUAACGGACUUCAGAAAUGUACACUUGCAAGUUGUAGCUAGGUACAUCAUUAUUCCAUCAAACAGAGAAAAAGAGUCAAAGCAGAAGGGCAAGGCCUUGAUUGGCACAGGAGGGUCUGAUCUCAUGUCCUUUCUGAAGCAGAUUCGAAAUGAAACUGCCAGUACUGCUAGUUGUAACAACAAUAUUGAAAGAGAUUCAUCUAUAGAAUUACACAAGGAAUCAAUCAGAGUGUCAGAUGAUACAAUAAUGGUGUCUGAUGACAACACUGCAAGCUGACCUUUGAGUCUUAAGCCCUGAUCCAGGGAGACCUCCACACCCAAGGUGUACUUCAAAUUCAAAGUCAAGAGACUGACCAAAGACUUUUUUAAUCCUUUUUUUAAAUGCUUUUGGAUAAGAAAAUGCAACUUAUUUUUCUGUAUUUUUGUGCUUAAUUUAUAUGACACUUUCGAAAACUGUAGACUUAAUCAUCAACAAUGCAAUAUUACAUUCCAUCAUUUAGAAAAAUAUUUUAAUAUCAAUGCUUACAGCUAUGUAUACAUAAAUUAAGUUAUGUUAAAUAUAUCACUUACACUGCAACUGAAAGCAACUUGUCACCCUUUGAUUGAAAAAUGCCAUUGAAAAGUUAAUCAUUAAGAUUUUGUCACUUCAGAAGCUGAAGUGUCUUUUUCUUAAUGACAAAUGUCACAGACUAAAGUAAAUUGCAGUAUUGAACUUACAAAAAUAAAUACAACGUUUAUAAUUUA